GUAACAACAACAACUCCAUGUUUGAGUACUAUCCAGGUCUUCCUCUCUCUCCUUCAAAAUCGUCUCCUUUUCUAGUUUCUUUCGUCUUCUGCCUCAAAAUUCCUCUCUUCUUCCCACAAAUCCUCUAGUGUUUCUGAUUUCACCUGAUCUCAGUUCGCUCUAUCGAUUUCGAAGUUCAUUUGAAGCUAGGGAUUUCAGGUAGGAUUUUGUUCCCGGUAGCUUUGAUGAUUUCUGCAGGAAGCGGUGACGGAGAGAGGACAUGAACAAUUCGAUGGUGGGCGGAGGCUUGCUCCCUGCCUCGGUCGCUGGGAUCUUUGAUCUCGACCCCGCCGUCAAUCACCACCCCCACCUCCAUCCCGGGCUCGGCUCCGGCAGCCAGAUGACCUCCCUCUUUGCGCCUUCCUCGGCCGGCGCGGCCACCAGCGACGACGAGGACCAUUUCCACGCCAGCGACGAGAACGGCCACGAUCCUCGCUAUCCGCCUGAUUCCGGAACUGGCGGAGGCAAAAAGGUCUCGCCUUGGCACCGUAUGAAGUGGACUGACGAGGUCGUGCGGCUGCUCAUCUCGGUGGUGGCGUACGUCGGCGAUCACGAUGAUGGCGCCGCGGACGCGUUCGAGGGGUCCGCUGCCGCCAGGAAGAAGCACGGCGCCUCCGUCCAGAAAAAGGGCAAGUGGAAGACGGUUUCGAAGUUGAUGCUGGAGAAGGGCUGCUACGUCUCCCCUCAACAGUGCGAGGACAAGUUCAAUGACCUCAACAAGAGAUACAAGCGGCUGAACGAGAUCCUCGGCAGGGGAACUUCCUGUCAGGUCGUCGAGAACCCACACCUUCUGGAUUCGAUGCCUCACAUAUCUCCCAAAGCCAAGGACGAUGUGAGGAAGAUCUUAAGCUCGAAGCACCUCUUCUACCAGGAGAUGUGCGCAUAUCACAACGGCCAGAGGAUACCCAAUUGCCAUGAUGUUGAUUUGCAAGCUAGCCAAGUAGCCAAGGUUCCUCCUACAAGGGAUAGUAGAGCUCACCUUGACGUCGAGGAUGAAGAUGAGGAGGACAAGGAUGAAGACAGUGAUGAAAGAAGUGAGGAAAUUGGCAACUGGGGGUUGGAGAGGUUCAUGCUUGAAAUCGAUGCCGUGCUUCAUGACACAACUAGAUCACCAUGGGAGUUGAGGGAGUGGUUCAAGAAACAUGCUUUGAUGCUCGAGGAGGAGAGGAUAGAGAUCGAGGCCGAAGCACUGGAACUGGAGAAGAAACAUUUCAAGUGGCAGAGAUUUCGUAGCAAGAAGGACAGGGAGCUCGAAAGGCUGAGGCUGGAGAAUGAGAGAUUGAAAUUGGAGAAUGAGCAUAUGAUAUUGCAGGUGAGGAGGAAGGAGUUGGAGCUUGGCACGGGGAACUUCGCCAAGCCAUUGAGCUCUUCUCAUCCUAUUGUGAAUCCAGUGAACUAGCAAUGCCACAAUAAAGAAGAAAGAUACUCCUCUUCACUACUACUACUACCUUGCUAGAGUGUUUUUCCCCUUGUUGGGUCUUCUGGUUAGGAAGAUACUGUUAAGGAAAGUUGUUUCCAUCUUUGUUAUAGUAUUAGUGCAGCUUGUUCUCGUCUCAUUUUAAUGAAUUUUGUUCUUCAUUUCUUCA